ACACCCCAACUGUAUUGUACACUUGUCAACCAUCCACACCAUGAUCCUGAUGCAGAUUAUCCUCUGCCAAUGCAUGAAAGCUGGAAACUUACGCAUCUAACUCCUCCUUUCACAACCUUCCACGUGUCAAUCAUCCAGCGGUUAGUAUCGCUGCCGCCAAAUUCUCUAAUAUCUCGACCUUAACACGUUCCUUUAUAAUUUAUUUGCCUUCCCAUACCUUGUGGAAACCCGAAUUUGAAAACUACUGAUACCUGGCUAGUCGUCAUAACCUCAUGGUUUGUUUCUGCUUCUUGGUGGACCAAAGAAGGAAGAUUAAGAGAAGCAAGCCGGUGGCCGGAUCCUGUUCGCCCUGCGGUCGCGGAGCUAGCGUGGCUGACAUGAGAACUGCUACAAGGUUUUGUUAUAUUCCAUUUCAUUGGAAAUCUUGGAAAGCUAUCAUUUGUACAUUUUGUGGAUCUAUUCUUAAAUCUUACAGGUAGAAAGUUUUAGAACUAUAUAUCAGAUUAGUUCAUGACUGCAGUAGGGACAAUCUUCUAUUCCUUUUCUGUUUACAUCUGUAGGUAACUCGAUUUAUGCAUUAUUAAUGCAUUUGUUGUGAGCUUGAGAAGCUGCAAUUCAUAUGUAGUUAGCUCAUGUAAGAUGUAUUUGAGAUUCAAUAAUCGUGAGUUUUCUCUUAUUCC